AACAGUAGCGCAAUACUGCAGCAGCUAAAUCUUGUUGCUUGCCUCCUGCAGUCGUUCUUACUGCUGCGCUUAUAUGCAACUUCAGCGCGUAACUGUCAGCUCACUCUUUACGCCUGACAGAUCUACGUGUACGACUUCAAGUUCGACGACGAACCUCUCGAAUUAAAUGUCAGCCUCAGGUCCAUCCGGUCGCAGUCCUUACCCCUCCUCCACACCGCAGAUGGUCUCUGUGUGGUGCAACCGCUUUGCUCUAACGCCGUCGAGAAGGGUUUCUGGCAAUAUUUUGCCACAUAUUUCGCACGCUCUACGCAAAUUGAAUGCACCCCCACCCACACAGUCCAAGUGGUGGAAGCAUUGGGCAUUCCUUCGCGGUAUUGUUCGACCAUGCCCUGAAAAGAUCUUCCUAUUCGACUGUGAACACAUCGCAGUCCUCCCAUUAGUGACGGCACUGGCGUACGACAUCUCCGUCAGACGGUUGUCUUAUAAUGUGGAAAUUGUGACGACGGAUAAUCAGGUAGGCUAUCCCGGUCGUACAGUGGAUACAGUGCUUGAUAAGUACAACGAGUUUGCUUUCAGCCCGCUGUUGCCUUUUCUCAGAGCACCGUAAGUUCUACAGGCAAAUCAGUCUUUUCUUCCCCGUAAUUCACCCACGUGCUUGGUCGGCAAAAUCUUCACAGAGAUGCGGCAUGAGGUCCUUGAGUGUGGAUUCGAUCCGCAAACACACUGUUUCCUGUCGUUUGGCAGCGGUAACGAUGCGUUGUUCUCCGACAUUUCAUGGAUGGCAACAACGAGCCUCUCUACUACCGCCUGGUGGACUUUGGUGAGAUGACCACUUCAAAACGUAUCAGCUAGUCAAUAUCCUCGAGUUGUGCCGCAACAUGUCCAGAGACCCUCUCAAAGGUGGAUUUCCACUCAGUAGUGUGUACAUGGCUAUAUUCGGCGCGCCUGAUGUGACGGUUCAUGACCCACAGGGAGACACCAUAAUGCUAGCGAAUAUCGUAAAGACGAUAGGUUGUGUGGAGAAUACGAUGGACGAAG